UUUCCUUAAACCAUUCUGCCAAUUUGUUUCUCUUCAACGUUCAGUACUACUAGUACUACUACUACUCAUUCAUUUCUCUCUGUUUAAUAUCAUUCCAAUGGAGUUGGGAAGUAUUCUCCAGUUUCUUGAAAAUAAAAGCAUUCUAGUCACUGGUGCAACUGGGUUCUUGGCAAAGAUUUUUCUGGAAAAAAUUUUGAGGGUUCAACCAAAUGUGAAGAAGUUGUAUCUUCUCUUGAGAGCUGCAGAUGCUAAAGUAGCCACUCAUCGCUUCCAUAAUGAGGUGAUAGCGAAGGACUUGUUUAGGGUUCUAAAGGAAAAAUGUGGUACAAAUCUAAAUUCGAUUUUCUCAGAGAAGACCACUCUAGUCCCUGGAGACAUUUCUUUGGAGAACUUGGGAUUGAAGGACUCUAAUUUAAGAGAAGAGAUGUUGAAAGAAUUAGAUGUCGUCAUUAAUUUAGCCGCGACAACCAACUUUGAUGAAAGAUAUGAUGUUGCACUUGGUAUUAACACAUUGGGAGCUAAGAAUGUCUUGAACUUCGCAAAGAAAUGUAAUAAGCUAAAGGUCUUUGUUCAUGUAUCCACUGCUUAUGUUAGUGGGGAAACGCCAGGAUUGUCACUAGAGAAGUCAUAUCGUAUGGGCGAGACACUUAAUGGUACAUCUGGAUUAGAUAUUGAUGUGGAGAAGAAAGUGAUGGAGCAAGAACUUAACGAACUCCAAGCCGAGGGAGCUACAGAAGAUGAAAUUAAAUUGGCCAUGAAAGAUUUGGGACUCAAAAGAGCAAAGAUGUAUGGAUGGCCGAACACAUAUGUAUUCACAAAGGCAAUGGGAGAGAUGCUAGUAGAUGACUUGAAAGAAAAUUUAUCUGUGGUCACCAUUCGCCCUACUAUCGUAACCAGUACUUACAAAGAACCAUUCUCCGGCUGGGCUGAAGGUAUAAGAACAAUUGAUAGCUUAGCCGUUGGCUAUGGUAAAGGGAGAUUAACUUGCUUUCUGGGAGACCUCAAUGCAGUUAUUGACGCGAUACCGGCUGAUAUGGUGGUGAAUGCUAUAAUUGUGGCUAUGGUCGCUCAUGCAAAGCAACAAUCUGGUAAUGUAAUUUACCAGGUCGGAUCCUCUUUAAGAAAUCCUCUGAGAUACAGCGACCUUCAAGAUUACGGCUAUCGAUAUUUUACUAAGAGACCAUGGAUUAAUAAGGAUGGAAAGCCAGUCAUGGUUGGCAAGAUUAAUGUCAUGGAUAGCAUGGCUAGCUUUCACAGAUACAUGGCCAUUCGUUACAUGCUACCGCUCAAGGGAUUAGAAUUGGUAAAUACAGCAUUUUGCCAAUACUUUAAGGGGAUGCAUAGUGAUCUCAGUCGGAAGAUAAAAUUCGUGAUGCGAUUAGUGGAACUUUACCGGCCAUACUUAUUCUUCAAUGGCAUAUUCGAUGACAAAAACACGGUGAAGUUGCUAACGGCAGCCAGAGAAGAUAGUUCAGUAGAGACAGACAUAUUUUACUUCGAUUCCAAGUGCAUUGAUUGGGAAGAUUACUUCAUGAAUACUCAUAUUCCUGGAAUUGUGAAACAUGUAUUCAAAUGAAAGCCACAAGUAAUGCGUUUCCAAGAAUUGGUAAUGGCAUCUCAAAAUACGUAUGUGUAGAAGUAAAAUUGUUUAGCGUCAUUUAUUGAAGUAUGAUUUUAAUCUGACAUGUUCAGGUACCUCCGUCAAAUUUAUCCGAUAUAAUAUAUUUUCUAUAAUUUUUGUUCUUAUAUUUACAUGAAUUAUGUUCAACCAUUGUUGGGAUUAUUAAUAUGUCACAAAGUUUGUGAGGGUCAGAAUUGAAAAGAUGUACUCAUAUAUUCUUCAAUUUGUUGUUAUGUUGUGCUCUGAUUAAUGUAAAAGAAAAAAUUGGAAGAUUUCUCCACUUUGUUCUUUUCAAGAA